AUGAAGUCAACUUGUUUCUCAAUAGUCUUGGCCACCAUUGGCGCAAGGUUGACGCUCGCAAACAAUUAUCCAAGACAGAAUAAUGGCACAGAAGGACUCAGAAGACUGCCAGGAGCCCAAGGCGUAGCCGUCGAUGGCUCGAAUGGAGCAGCGAGCCCGGGACUAAAACCAAUUCCCGGCAGUGCUGUUCAAGUCGAGAGUCUGCAGCCAUUAAUUCCUCUUUCGAGCACCGGCUUGGUAAACACUGGAGCUGCUGGGCAGUCUAUAUCGGUCACCUUGACUUCUGCAGAGGGCGCUGGUGCUGCUACCUUAAUAUCGAGCGUCGUAUUGACGUCUGCAUCCGUAAGUUCGAGUAGACUCUGA